CGCAGCUUUUCUAGCACGCACGCGACUUUCGCUGACAAUCUCUUUUAUCCAGCUUGCAUGCCACGGGCAAUUCAAACAGCCAACGCCUUGAUUCGAUUCUUCGGCUGCCGGCAGCGUCCUUUUCCAAACCAGUUACCCCUCGGAUUUGGCGAUAUCCAAACACAGCAGUAUUUCUCGGGUCUGCACAGCAAACGUCCGUCUAGCACCACCGCACUCGACCCCAUAUUCACGGACCGCUUUGCUACGGCAUCAGCAAGGCACACGCACAGCCGGCGCAUCUCGUCCACACCGCAGCGAACACGACAUCUCAAGCAGGGUUCGGUGGCGAGUAACAAAGACGACAUGGCGCGCAAGGACAAAAAAGAAGCCAACAAUGUGUCGGUGAAAGUGCCAAAGGGCACGAAAGAUGUGUUUGGCGCGGAGGCGCUCUUGAGAGCCUUCCUGUUCCAACGAAUCACUGAGAUCUUCAAGCGCCAUGGUGCCCAGGAGCUCGAUACCCCAGUAUUCGAACUUCGCGAGAUUCUCACUGGAAAGUACGGAGAAGACAGCAAACUCAUUUACGACCUCGCGGACCAGGGCGGCGAAAUAUGCAGCUUACGUUAUGAUUUGACGGUGCCCUUCGCCCGCUGGCUCGCUCUUAACUCCUCUCUCGGCAACGUAAAACGCUACCACGUUGGAAAGGUCUACCGUCGCGACGCUCCCGCCAUUCAGAAAGGGCGCUUGCGAGAGUUCUAUCAGUGCGACAUUGAUUUCGCCGGUCAAUUCGACCCGCUCACCGCAGAUGCGGAGAUUCUUGCCAUUACAAAGGAGGUAUUUAACUCCAUAGGACUGAAGGAUAUCAGCGUCAAAAUCAACAAUCGCAAAAUUUUGGAUGCCAUCUUCGAGGUGUGUGGCGUGCCAGAAGAGAAGAUUCGUCCAAUCUCCAGCGCUGUGGAUAAGCUGGACAAGUCGCCAUGGGAGGAAGUGAAGAAAGAGAUGGUCGAACAAAAGGGUCUGGACCCAGAGGUUGCUGACCGUAUAUGGGGAUAUGUACAACGUAAAGGAUUCGAGGUCUUAGACUGGCUUCAGAACGAUCUGUUGUAUCAAAAUGCCAAGGGUAAAGAGGGUGUUGAGGACAUGAAGCUACUGUUUGAAUACUGCGAUGCGUUUGGCUGCAAGGAUGCAUUGUCGUUCGAUUUGAGUCUCGCGCGUGGGCUAGAUUACUACACGGGCUGCAUAUGGGAAGUUGUCACGGCUGAGUCGGCAGCUCCAGCCCUCUCAUCAGGUGCAGAAACUAAUGGCGCCGUCAAGAAAGAACGAUCAAAGAAAGAUAAGAAGGCAUCUGAGGAUGAAGAUCGUAGCGACGACCCUACUGUGGGUGUAGGAUCGAUCGCCGCCGGUGGUCGCUACGAUAAGCUUGUUGGCAUGUUUUCAAACAAAGGUGACAUUCCUUGCGUCGGCAUCUCUUUUGGCAUCGAACGCAUCCUUGCUAUUCUCAAGAAACGACUAGAAGCAUCCUCUUCUUCAGCAGCCCAAAUACGUCCUGUGGAGACGGAUUGCUACGUCAUGGCCUUUGGGACUGGAAUGUUGCCUGAGCGCAUGGCGAUUGCGAAGCAGCUUUGGGAUGCUGGCUUGAAGGCAAGCUUUCAAUACAAGGUCAAAACACGGCUGGACAAACAGUUCAAGGAAGCGGAGAACUUGGGAGCACCGUUUUCAAUCAUUCUUGCGGAAGAAGAAUGGGCUCGGGGUGAAGUCAAGUUGAAGCAAAUGAGCUUGCCGGAAGGCCACCCAGAAAAAGAAGGCAUCAAUCUACCAAAAGAUACAGUUGUACAGGAGCUCAAGAAGAGGCUUGCUGCCAUUGAAGAUAGGAGUUUGGCAGCUAGACUGGGAGCCGUGACUUUGUAGUAUGAGGUUUGGCGAUUCAAAAGCGUUGGCCAAGACUCAUGGAGCAUCAAUGCCUUUUUGGAGGGUAGGGGCAGUUGUAAAAACUUGGUCGUAAAAGAGCAUAGACGUCAAAAAGAGGGCUUAGUACCCAAGCAACUGAGUAAGAAUUCUGAACAUGCUCCAUACGCAUUUGCAGUGAACUGAGGACCGCGAUGUAGAGCAUAAUGUUCAUCUCAUGCGCAAACUCUUGCGUCUUUCAACAUUCUGGCCUCUCUGCAAUACUUUCUUGCCGAGUUCUGAUCCACUAAUUGAGUAAGGUGGGUGACCGCGCGAGCUAUUCAGAUCGUACAAAGCCGUUCAAUGGCAAUAAUGGGCCUGGAUCCUUAUGAUGGAAGUUGAAGGUUAAAGCUAGAUGGGACAAAGCUGAUUUUAUUUUUCCUUGCUUAGUGCGCUGUCAUAACAGCAAAGCAAUGUAGCCUGCAGCAGCUCAUUCAGCAAUUACGGGCUCAGGUAGAAAUCUGGACUGUCCAUGAGGCCAAAAAGCAUGCGUGACCUUAAUUUCCUCGGCCAAACUUUUCAUCAGACUUCGG